CUACACUGUUCAUACAACCAAAUUAAAUCAUCAAGAAGAUAGAUUCAAUUUUGAUGAAUUGAAACAUUAUAAUACUUUUACAAUUCAACCCUCCAGUUGGUAUUUUGUCAGUGGUCAAGGACGGCAUGCAACCAACAUUUUCAUCUUAUCUUCUCCAUAUCCUUUCUACAAUGUUCGUGUUAUUGCCUCUUCCGGUUUCACCGGAGCUGUUAACGCUGAAACAAAGCCUGGGUAAUGGUAAUAAUAACAAUCCAUCUUCAUUUCCUCCAAACUUUCUCUUUGGAACGGCCUCCUCUGCUUACCAGUAUGAAGGUGGUUACUUGAGUGAUGGGAAAGGUUUGAACAAUUGGGAUGUUUAUACCCACAGACCAGGAAAGGUCAUUGACGGAAGCAAUGGAGACGUAGCAGUGGAUCAUUAUCAUCGCUAUUUGGAAGACAUUGAUCUAAUGGAAUCACUGGGGGUCAACAGCUAUCGAUUCUCUAUUUCUUGGGCAAGAAUUUUACCAAAGGGGAGAUUUGGAUAUGUCAAUGUAGCAGGCAUCGAUUUCUACAACAAUCUAAUUGAUGCUCUCCUACUCAAAGGGAUUAAACCAUUUGUAACUUUGACACACAUUGAUCUUCCCCAAGAAAUUGAGGACAGAUAUGGAAGUUGGCUGAGUCCUGAAUCACAACUGGAUUUUGCAUACUUUGCAGACAUUUGCUUCAAGUCUUUUGGGGAUAGGGUGAAGUAUUGGGUCACUUUCAAUGAACCCAAUUUCCAAGUCAAGUUUGGGUAUCGAGAAGGGACUUUUCCACCAUCACGAUGCUCCUUUCCAUUUGGAAAUUGUACCUGUGGAGAUUCAGAGAAGGAGCCUUUCAUAGCAGCUCACAACAUUGUCUUAUCACAUGCAGCCGCUGUUCAUAUUUACAGAUCAAAAUACGAGGCAAAGCAAGGAGGCAGCAUUGGAAUCGUUAUCAAUGCAGCAUGGUUUGAACCCAUCAGCAGCUCCAUGGCUGACAAGCUAGCAGCAGAAAGAGCUCAAUGCUUCACUACCAAUUGGUUUCUAGACCCGAUUGUUUUCGGAAGAUAUCCUCCUGAAAUGCAAAGCAUAUUAGGAUCUAUUUUGCCUGAAUUUUCGAAAACGGAGAAGGAAAUGUUGAAGAAAGGGUUGGAUUUCAUUGGAAUCAACCAUUAUUCAAGUUAUUAUGUCCAGGAUUGUAUGUUCACUGCGUGUGAACCAGGAACAGGAACCUCAAAGACUGAAGGGUUUUGGGCACAAAGUUACCAAAAGAACGGCAUCCCUAUUGGAGAACCUAUUGAUGUGGACUGGUUGUAUGUUUACCCUGGAGGAAUGGAGAAGAUCAUAACCUAUGUUAAAAAGAGAUUCAACAACACCCCAAUGAUCAUUACAGAAAAUGGAUACGGUGAGGUGACCAAAGCAAAUUCCACCAUUGAAGAUUCCUUACAAGACGUCAACCGAGCCAAGUACAUGGCUGGAUACUUGGAUUCCCUGUCAACAGCAAUCAGGAAAGGAGCAGAUGUUAGGGGCUACUUUGCCUGGUCUUUGCUAGACAACUUCGAUUGGGAAUAUGGAUUCACAAGAAGAUUCGGACUUCACCAUGUUGACUUUAAGACACUGAAGAGAACCCCAAAGUUUUCAGCAACUUGGUACAAAAAUUUCAUUGCGAAAGUAAAAUACCAGACAGCUGAUCAUCUUCAUAAACGAUCUUACUACUUCUACUAGCAAAUUUCGUUAUCUUUGCUCCCUUAAAUUUGUACAAUCAAUAUAAAAUUUGUCCAUACAAAUUGUUUCUUAGAAAUCUAAUGAGACCUUUUACAGCAAGAGCCAAAUGUGGAAUAAUAAGGGGGAAAAUUUGUAAUUUACAGUUUCAUCUCCUCAUGCCGCCA